UACGCGGUAAACUGCUCAGGGAUUUCGGCGCAACUUCCUAGCUUUGAGUUGCCCCAUCUCCCCGCCAACCAUACAGCAAACAUUCCGCUGUGACAUUAAUGAUUGAUGAAAAUUAGGAUUUUUCAGUGUAAAAAGGUUUUUAAUAUUUCCUUUCAGUUAUCAUAACUGUCAGUUUAUGAUUACUGAAAGAGAAGGGGGCAAUCGGUAAAUCCCACGCACGCGCAGUAGAUUUCAAUAUACCUCACGAAAGUCACAUCCCAGCUGGGUGCAGCGACAAGCAGGAGGCGUACCUCAAAAUUAGCAUGUCUCCCGCUACAUAUACCGGGUAACCAAGUACUACCAUCAUCAUUCGUUUCUGAGAAGCAACGAUACUUAACCAUGCCUGAGCCAGCAAAGCCCGCGCCCAAGAAGGGCUCCAAGAAAGCCGUUUCCAAGACCGCCGUAAAGGGCGGCAAGAAGCGCAGAAAGUCCAGGAAGGAGAGCUACGCCAUCUACGUGUACAAGGUACUGAAGCAGGUCCACCCUGACACCGGCAUCUCAUCCAAGGCCAUGGGAAUCAUGAAUUCCUUCGUCAACGAUAUUUUCGAGCGUAUUGCCGGAGAGUCGUCUCGCCUGGCUCAUUACAACAAGCGAUCAACCAUCACCUCCAGGGAGAUCCAGACCGCCGUCCGCCUGCUGCUCCCCGGUGAACUGGCCAAGCACGCCGUGUCCGAGGGAACCAAGGCCGUGACCAAGUACACCAGCUCCAAGAUUAUGGUGCCUCCCUCAGAAGAGAUCCCUCCACUCUGACUGAGGGGUGGACACAUGGGCC